AUGAACGGAGCGUCUAAUGGGGUAGCCAACGAGAAGGGCGUUUCCGCUCAUGGGACACUUGAGAGACAAACUAAAGCUUCAGUUAAUGAUACAGCAUCUAUCCCAGAUGGCGGGACUAAGGCCUGGGUGCAGACCUAUUAUGAGACCCGGAAACUGUUUCCCUCAUCCUCAUCGAGUAUUUCCUGGAUAGGUUCAGUGCAGUCGUCUUUGCUCCUCGUCUUAGGAUUGAUAACUGGUCCGCUGUAUGAUGCGGGCUACUUUUAUCCCCUUCUUUUUAGUGGCUCGUUUAUGAUCGUAUUGGGGCAGAUGAUGCUGAGCCUCUCCAAGGAGUACUACCAGGUGCUGCUAUCACAAGGAGUCUGCAUCGGUAUUGGAACAGGCUUAAUUCUCAUUCCUGGCGUUGCUGUGCUCUCCACCUAUUUUAGUACGAAGCUGGCCCUUGCGAAUGGAUUUGCAGCUGCUGGCAGUGGAUUGGGGGGCAUUCUCUAUCCGAUUAUCUUUCACCGACUUCUCAACCAAAUUGGAUUUGGAUGGACCUGUCGUGCGAUGGGCCUCGUCAUAUUAGUCACGAUAGCCAUUCCGAUCACGGUCUUUCGAUUACGAGUGAAGCCAUCUGGCAAACGGAAACUCUUGGACCUUGGGGCAUUUCGCGAGCCCGCGUAUACGUUCUUUGUGCUGGGAGGAACUCUCGAAUUUAUCUCGCUCAACAUCCCAUUUUACUAUAUUCAAUACUUUGCUAUCAGUCAAGGGAUCGCCGCUAACGACCUUGGAUUCUAUCUACUCUCAAUUUUGACCACCGGAUCGGUUAUGGGGAGAAUAUUACCAAACGUAUUUGCCAAUAUUAUAGGCCCAUUCAACAUCAUAUUUGCAUGCACGGUUAUCGCGGGGGCCCUGGUGUUCGCCUUGGUUGAUCUAUCUAGUCUGGUGGGAGUGAUCAUCGUGGCUUUUCUUUAUGGCUUCUUCACAGGAGCAUUUGUGUCCCUGCCGCCCACUUGCUUUGUCAAGCUUUCCCCAGAUCGGGCUUUUAUUGGCACUCGAAUGGGGAUGGGGUAUGCAGUAAUGACUGUCGGAAAUCUAGUCGGCACUCCAGCGGCUGGGGCCAUCCUGCAAAACCGGGGCUUCAAUGCCGUGUGGAUCUUUGGGGGUGGGGUUUCGAUUGCAGGAGGAAUAGCUAUGAUGAUCAGAUUGACUCGUGAGGAGCUUUACCGCGAUGUCGAAGAGUUUGCUCGAGACAAAGAUCUCGAGCACAUUAUGGAACACCUCAAACGGGGCGCGCUGGUGGCCCAAGACCCAAAAGCUUUCGAGGAAUUGAGCGAAUUGUCUGAAGGCGAGAAGGAACUCCUCCGACGUGAGAAGACGCACAGAUGGAGUCAACCUUUCAUGAUGUAUUUUAUGACCAUUCUCUGCGCUGGUUCCGCAAUUGUUCAGGGAAUGGAUCAAACUGCAGUGAACGGAGCACAAGAAUACUACUUUGUGGAGUUUAACAUCACGAAUUCGUGGUUGCAAGGCCUAGUGAACGGCGCGCCAUAUCUUUGUUCAGCUCUUAUCGGCUGUUGGACUACUGCUCCGCUCAAUCGCUGGUUCGGACGACGGGGUUGCAUCUUUAUCUCCUGCUUCAUCUCAUUUGCUUCCUCCUUUUGGAUGGCAGCCGCACACACCUGGUGGAACCUCCUGCUGGGUCGUUUCCUGUUAGGUUUUGCGGUGGGUGCGAAGUCAACGACUACUCCAGUCUACGGCGCUGAAUGUGCGCCUGCUAAUAUACGCGGUGCCCUGGUGAUGAUGUGGCAGAUGUGGACGGCAUUUGGCAUCAUGCUAGGCUAUAUCGCUUCUGUCGCGUUCAUGAAUGUGUCACAUGCAACCAUCCCAGGUUUCAACUGGAGGCUUAUGCUGGGGUCGACCGCCAUUCCCUUUAUUCUGCGUGAAUUAACAGUCCCGAGUCCCUUCUUUGUUUGUAUCCAGGUGUAUCUGUGCCCCGAAUCACCGCGAUGGUAUAUGAUCCGCAACCGCUACCGGGACGCGUACGGGGCACUUUGCAAGCUGCGCCCAUCGGAAUUUCAAGCCGCGAGGGACCUUUAUUACAUUCACUCUGCGUUAAAAGUAGAAGAGAAGCUCCGGGAAGGAAAACACCUCUGGCGCGAGAUGUUCACCGUCCCCCGUAACCGGCGCGCCGCCCAAUCAUCUUUCUUCGUCAUGUUCAUGCAACAGUUCUGCGGCGUGAACGCAAUAAUGUACUACUCUUCUUCGAUGUUUCGGGACGCGGGAUUUGAUCUCCGAACAGCGCUUGUUGUAUCCCUCGGAUGCGGUAUCACGAACUGGAUUUUUGCUCUCCCGGCGGUGUACACAAUCGAUACCUUUGGUCGGCGCAACCUUCUGCUGACUACGUUCCCUCUGAUGUGCCUGUUCCUGCUCUUUACCGGAUUUUCGUUCUACAUCCCCGAUCAGACUCCUCGAACGGCCUGUGUCGCAACCGGUAUCUACCUGUAUAUGAUUGUGUACUCGCCUGGGGAGGGACCCGUGCCUUUCACAUACUCCGCCGAAGCAUUUCCACUGUACAUCCGUGACAUUGGCAUGUCGUUUGCGACGGCCACGACUUGGGGAUUCAACUUCAUCGUUUCGCUCACAUGGCUCCCUCUGCGGGAUGCAUUCAGUGUCCAAGGGGCAUUUGGUUGGUACGCAGCAUGGAAUAUUUUCGGGUGGAUUUUCUGCUAUUUCUGCCUGCCGGAAACCAAGGCGCUGUCCCUGGAAGAAUUGGAUCAGGUCUUCUCCGUGCCUACCCGCAAGCAUAUCAACCACUAUCGCGGCAUGUUACCGUGGUAUGCGAAGAAGUACAUCCUCCGUCAGGAUGUACCGCCGCAAAAACAACUGUAUGAUUACGAGUGA